CGAUUGAAAUCGCAACACGCACUCCGACACCAGUUGUCUUAUUCAGUGAAAUAUUUUUAAGUUCUUUAAAUUCGCGUCGAAGAUGAACAAGUUUGUGUCUUCCCUUCUGAAAAUCUCCGGUAUUUUGAUUUUGUUCGUGCUCGUGGAUAAUAUUGAUGCGAAAGGAAGAGAUUCUAACCAAAGGUUGUUUCCGUUCCCUCGUGUCGGUCGGGGUCAAGAUUCGAGAUACUUAAGUCGCAAUGAGGAGGGAAAGAUUUCUCUGUUCGCGUUCCCAAGGAUCGGGCGUUCGGAACAACCACUUCCAAAGAGGUCCUCCUCCUCUUCCAACAACGGCCUGUGGUUCGGACCUAGACUGGGUCGCGUCCAAAAACGAGACAUCUACGUGUAUGAUCUUCCACACAACUAUCCCCGUGAGAUCGUCUUCACGAACUCGAAGUACAACAUGGACUUUCCCGACUACCCGGAAACGCGAAACGUCCACUACACGCCUAGAUUGGGAAGGGAGUCUUCGGAACAGCAGGAGGAAGAUGCCGAAGAAUAAGAAGUAAACUAAGUAUAUUAAUUUUAAUAAAGCGUUGGACGCCCGGCGUAGGGCUGGAUGCGCCGGGCGGCUUAUGAUAAUUGCAUUAUGUAACCUAUUUUAAAUGUACACUGUAUUCUGAAAUUAAAAUUAACAAAGUAAAAUAAAAUGCGAUUCACAAA